GAACAUGACCGGCGAUACGGAGAAGAACAGAGCGGAAGUGGUGCUGGUGAACGAAGCUGGAGAGGUGAAUCUCGAUGUGCUGAAGGAAAAGGUGUGUCAAGCCGAGACUGAGAGUCAAAAGAUUGUGGCUCUGAUCAAGGGAUACCGAGCUCCAAUCUCUGCAAUUUUCCCUCUGAUUAUUGUCAUCUUCGCUGGCGGCUGGAGUGACAAGAAGAGGAUCAGAAAGCCUCUUCUUCUUCUACCCAUCAUAGGAGAAUUCCUUGGAUGCCUCGCUCUCUUCAUUUCCGCCAUUUUCAUGCUUCAGCUACCACUGGAAUUCGCGGGUAUCCUUGAGAAACUCCUACCCGCAAUGUUUGGAGGAUUCACACUCAUGUUAAUGGGAGUUUACAGCUACAUCACGGACAUUACAGCUGAAGAGGAUAGAACCUUCAGGUUUGGAGUUCUUGCCGUCUCGAUCUCUCUCAUCCCGAUUGCCGGAGUUCCUUGGAGUGGUUAUCUCUUUGAAAAGCUUGGAUAUGUCUACCUGUUUCUGCUAUGCUUGAUCAUUUAUAUCGUGGGCAUCGUUUAUGCACUGAUCUUCAUAAAAGAAGUCCCAGCGCCUCGCGAUCAGGAAGAGCAAAAAGGUGACACAAAUGGCACAAACGGUGUGAAUCUGGAGAAUGGCCAAGAAGCCAAAACACCUGAAAAGAAAAAGAACGCCUUGCUGGAGUUCUUUGAUCCCACUCUCCUCAAGGAUUGCAUCAAAGUCCUGACUCAGAAGCGCGAGGGCAACAAACAGAUCUUGAUCAUCCUCCUUAUCGGCGCCUAUUUCACCUUCUUGGGACCUCCUUUAGGCGAGACGGACUUUAUCUAUCCAUUCGCCAGGAAGAAGUUCAAUUGGCAAGCCGUUGAAUACGCACUCUUCCUCACUUACAGCACUUUCAUAGCACUCCUGGGAACAGUAUUUAUGAUUAGUUUCGUCAGCAAGUUUCUCAAGUGCUCAGACGCAUUGAUUGGCGUGAUCUCAACGGUGGGAACUGUGGUCUCAAAGCCAAUCCUCGCCUUCGCCGCUUCUUCUGUUGCCUACUAUGUUGGAACAGUUGUAGAUCUCUUCCUGGGAUGCCGUCCGAUAGCCCUGAAGAGCAUAAUUUCGACAUUUGUGGAACCCAAUGAAAUAGGUCGAGUUUACUCAAUUCUGGGCAUCAUGGAGUCACUAGUGCAGUUCAUCUUCCCUGCCAUGUACAGUGCUGUGUACAUAAAUACGCUGGAGACCUUCGUAGGAGCAAUUUACCUCUUUGGCGAGGUGUUCUUCGUUCCCACUCUUCUGAUCUUCGUCUACUUGUACAUUCAACACAAGAGAAAUCCGAAGAAACCAGAAGAGGAGAAACCUGAGGAGUAUAAGUCAAAUGGUCUUGAAGAGGAGUCCACUUACAUGUGAGCCGAGAUUAUAAAAUAAGUUUAAUCAAUAAAUACUCAAGUCUG